AUGCGCCGUUUUCUCACCGUCUUCCUCGUGGCCAUCAGCCAGGCCCCAUCCUCACUGGCAUAUACCCCGUUAUCCGACGACUCGCUUCGCCAUCUCACACCCAAAUCACACACCACCUCUCCCUCCCAAUCCACGGACUCGGACCCGGCCCCAGACCCAGACUUCGACCCUCUCCACGGCGCCCUCCUCGCACCCAUCCUCCACCCUCGCGUGCCCGACACCCCCGGCCACGCCCGCGUCCAAGAGCACUUCGCCACUUUUAUCCGCACCCACCUGGACCCAUCCUGGACGGUGGAGUGGCACAACACCACCUCCACGACGCCCGCGACCGGCGACCGGGCAGUCCCCUUCCAGAAUCUGGUCCUGCGGCGCGACCCGCCGUGGAUUGCCGCGCGUGGUGCCGACGGGGAAGGGGAAGUGGCUCGGCUGACGCUGGCGGCGCACUAUGAUAGUUUGUACCGGCCGGAGGGGUUUAUUGGAGCGGUCGACAGUGCGGUGCCGUGCGCGCUGUUGUUGUUUGUGGCGCGGGCAGUCGAUGAGGCGUUGACUCGGCGUUGGGAGGUGGAAGGUGAUAGCGGGGGGCUGGAGGAGGAGAAAGGGGUUCAGAUUCUGUUGUUGGACGGGGAAGAGGCUUGGGUGGAGUGGAAUGCGGUGGAUAGUUUGUAUGGAUCGAGGGCGCUAGCUGAGCAGUGGGAGGAUACUCGAUACGAAACUGGGAGUAGUUUCUCCACGCCAUUGGAAGCUAUCAGCCUGUUUGUGCUUCUGGACCUACUGGGCGCACCGGAUCCCAACAUCCCAUCGUACUUCCCCAAGACACACUGGGCGUACCAGCACCUCGCCAAGGCUGAAAGUAGACUGAGGAAGCUAGGCGUUCUUGAGACGCAGCCGAAGCGGCCGUUCCUCGCAGAAACCGAGAAAGACGCAAUGAGGUUCCGGGGAUUUGUAGAGGAUGAUCAUGUGCCAUUUAUGCGCAGAGGGGUGGAUAUUCUACAUCUCAUUCCCUCGCCGUUUCCUUCGGUGUGGCACACUAUGGACGAUGACGGCGCUCAUCUAGAUGUGCCGACUAUUAGGGAUUGGGCCAAGAUCAUGACUGCAUUUGUAGCCGAGUGGAUGGAUUUGGAAGGCUAUAUUAUGGGGAAAACUGCUGGGACCGGUCCUGCAGAAGACACGAUCUUAGACAGGGACGAGUUGUAG